UGGCCGUCUAACCACUUGGAAGAGGACACAUGGUAAAAAUAAGAAUUUAUCAUCGACUUCACCAGCUCAUGAUUACAACGAUUUCCUUAAGGUCUAAGUUUAAUUCCAGUCUUCUCCUCUCAAAAUAGUCACUAUAAUUCAACCCACCUCCCCUAAGGCUCUUCCUAUAACUCUACAAGUUGGUCCAAAGCAAAACCAGUUCAUCAAUCAUCACCAAACACAGUGAAGGAGGAGAAGGAUAAAGAGCAGGAGGAAAAACAAUCACCUGCGGCGCAGUGAUGAUGGAUCUGCUGGAGUUGCCGGAGGGUUGCAUAGCCCAUAUCAUAUCGUUGACGACUCCUCGAGAUGCUUGCCGGCUGUCUUUGCUUUCUAAGCUUUUCGGGUCAGCUGCCGAUUCCGACGCCGUUUGGGAUAAGUUCCUUCCGCCUGAGACACGCACCUUGUCCCCAGAGGAGCUUGGGGUACUUGCCGGCAGAACCAAAAAGGAGGUUUUCCUCGCUCUCUGCCCUGUCCUCUUCAGGGAGGGUAAACUGAGCUUUUCACUAGACAAAUGGAGUGGGAAAAAAUGUUACAUGAUUUCUGCAAGAGAGCUUGGUAUUGCCUGGGGCAACACUCCGAUGUAUUGGAGAUGGAUUUCUGAUCCUGAAUCCAGGUUUGCAGAGGUGGCUGAGCUUCUUGAUGUUUGCUGGCUUGAAAUCCAUGGGAAACUUGAGACACGUCUGCUGUCCCCAUCCACUAUGUACAAAGGUUACCUUGUGUUCAAGUUUACUGCACAACCUUCUGGAUUUGUAGACCUAGAGGCGGAGGUCACUAUGGGUCUUGACUCUCUUGAGGGAGGAGAAAUUAUUAACCGGACUGAGUUUCUGCACAGUGGAGUGAGAUCCGACGGGUGGUUGGAGAUUGAGAUGGGUGAGUUUUACUGUGUAGGGGGAUCAGAAGAUGGGAUGUUGAAAAUGCGUUGUUUGGCAAAUGGGGCGGGUCAUUGGAAGAGAGGUCUUAUUGUUCAAGGCAUUGAGGUCCGCCCCAAGAGGGAGUACUAGUAGAAUUUGAUCGUCUCAAAGUUGAUUCUCGUUUGUAACAUGUUUUAACAUAGCAAUUUUCUGCAAUAUGUUAAAGGUUCAAUGAAUCGUGCAAAUCGCUUAUGCUAUAUUGUGAAAAUCGGUACUUCAACUAUAAUUUGAGUCAUUGGCCAAUUUGUUAAAUUCAUAUCUCAUUUUUUCUGUCAUACUUGAAUUAUAGACCUGGAAAAGAAGUUUAAAAUUGAAACACCAGAUGAACCUAGGAAAAAUUUAGUACAUUGUAUACAACUUGAAGAGUUCUUAUGUGAUAUGAUAAUGUGGAUGAUGUAGUUUUGUUGAACGUAACAAAUUCAGAACCGGAUUUUUUGUUCAUCUUUCUUUUUGAAGUGGGAUUUCAUAACCAAAGCUUGAUUAAUGGCAGGAAACGGGAGAAACCUUCUUCAAUCUGAGCAAUGAAGAAACCUUCUUUGUGUGUUUAAGCUCUUCAUUUUUUUUCAACUGGUUUUCAGGAAUUACUCACUGUCUAACUCGUGGGCGAACACACGAAGGAGAUCGGUCAGUUGGCCUAUGACUACGCCUUUGAAGGCCGUCCUGCUCCUCUCACGGCUCUACUGAACGUGGCCGCUGAUAAAGUCAAUGAUUCUGUCGUGGAGCGGCCGGAUUUUAGGUCGGGGUUUAAGGAGAAGGCGACCAUUACGAAUGGCUUAUUAGGGAGGCUUUGGAUCUGGGCGUGGGGAGCGAAAAGUCGGAGAGGAGGAAGCUAUGAUAGAGCUGCUCCAGCUUUUCGGAG